UUAAACUUUGACACUCUAGGUUUUUUUAUUGUUGAAGCAUUGCCUGAUGAGCCUUUAGAGCCCUACAGGAAGAUGAGCUCGGAGCUGCAAUCUCAGACCCAUUCACCACUAAUACCUUUGUAGCUGCAAUACUACCAAAUGCACCGCCAACAAGUAACGAAAGAAGAAGAAGUUAAAAUCACUCUCUUUCACUUUCUCUUUCCUUGUCUAAGAAAAAUCAAGGAGAAAUCCCAUCCAUUCCCAAUCAAUAAUAAAUUAUUUUUGAUAAUCAAAUGGAAGUAAAACAAGAAAUUAGUAAUGAGAUGUGUCAAGCAAAAAAAUAUAAUGCUGAUGAUAAUGGUUCUUCGGAUAUUUGUAAAAUUGAAAUUAAGGAGGAACAGACAAACGAAAGUACACAUUCUACAUUUGAUUACCUUGCCUUAAAGAAAGUUUUCAUAAAGACUGAAAUAGAACAAGAGGAACAUAAUCUUACUUCAUUUAAAGAAAGACAAACAAAUCCAAGAGGCUUUCCCCAAGAGGAGAACACAUUGGAAAGUACGAAAACAAUACCCGUACAUACAUCUAAUAAAGAACAACAUAUAAGUCUACCUGUUGAAGAAUAUACAUUAAAAUGUGAAAUUUGUUUUAGGCAAUUUAGCCAAAAAUGUACUUUGAAAAAACAUAUGAUACAGCACACUGGAGAAACGCUGUACAAGUGCAAAAUUUGUUUUAAACAGUUUGGACAAACAGGUUCUUUGAAAACACAUAUGAAAGUGCACACUGGAGAAAAACUUUACCCAUGUGAAAUUUGUUUUAAGUACUUUACUACAGCAAGUAAUUUGAAAUAUCAUAUCAGAGCACAUACUGGCGAAAAACAUUACAAGUGUGAAGUUUGUUUUAAACAGUUUAGUCUAGCACAUCAUUUGAGAGAACAUAUAAUAACGCACACUGAAGAAAAACCGUACAAGUGUGAAACUUGUUUUAAACAGUUCACUGUAGCACGUUAUCUUAAACAUCAUAUAAAAACCCACACUGGAGAAAAUCUUUACAAGUGUGAAAUUUGUGUUAAACAGUUUACUCGUGCAUGGGAUUUGAAAAGUCAUUUAAGUGUGCAUACUUUAGAAAAACCAUUCAAGUGUGAAAUUUGUUUUAAGCAGUUCGCAAGAAAAAAUACUUUAAAAACACAUUUUAGACUGCACACUGGAGAAAUGCCUUACACAUGUGAAAUUUGUUAUAAGCAGUUUUCUCGACAAAGUAAUAUGAAACUACAUAUGAGAUUGCACAGUGGAGAAAAACCUUACGAGUGUGAAAUUUGUUUGAAGCAGUUUACUCGUACAUAUGAUUUGAAAAGUCAUUUAAGAGUGCACACUGGAGAAAAACCAUUCAAGUGUGAAUUUUGUUUUAGGCUGUUUUCUCAGCACAGUACUUUAAAACAUCAUAUCAGAUGUCAUACUGGAGAAACACCUUACCAGUGUGAAAUUUGUUUUAAGCAAUUUAAACAAAGGGGAAGUUUAAAAAUACAUUCCAGAGUGCACUCUAAAAAAAAUCUUAAAUUGUGAAAUUUUUAUUACUUCUUUUGAAGCGAAAAUUCUACACUGACGUUGUAUUACUUCUUUUUAUAUCGUAAAAUACCGAGGAAACGACACAAAAUAGCGGGAAAUAAUUUCAUAUAAAUACAAUUAAUAUUUUUAAACAUCUUAUUUAGUAUAUAUAAUUAUUAAAUUUACUAUAAAUGAUAUGAAUUUAUAUUUUAUUAAUUUAAUAUUUCGUCUGAAUUUGCCAGGUCUGUCAGUAGUAAAUAACAGUAAUUAAACAAAUAAAACAGUAAAUAGCAAAUGGGAACAAAAUCAGUAGACAUUACUGAUCACGGAAAUCGGAA